AUGCCAACGACACGGAAUCAAGCAACAUCCGCGACCGGCCAUGCGUCCGAGGACUCCGCCGCGAUUCCGGAGGUAACUAGGAUGAGCUUCCGCAUCCCGCCGUUUUGGCCCGAUCAGCCCGGGGUGUGGUUUCACCAAAUUGAGGCGCAAUUUACUUUGAGCGGGGUGACAGCGGACGCGACGAAAUUCUACUGUGUGAUGUCGCAGUUGGAGCCGAAAUACGCCGCAGAAGUGCAGGACAUCUUUGACAGCCCCCCGGCCACGGAGAAAUACGGGACGCUUAAAAAGGAGUUGGUGCGUCGACUCUCCGCGUCUCAAAGCGAGCGAAUAGAGCGACUCCUGGCAAAGGAGGAAAUCGGGGACAGGACACCGUCCCAAUUUUUACGCCACAUGCAAGGCCUGGCAGGGACUGCGGUGAACGAGGAGUUUCUGCGUACCCUAUGGUCGCGAAGUCUACCGGCAAUGACCCGCGCGAUAGUGAACUCGCAAUCGGACUUACCGCUCUGCAAACUCGCCGAAAUCGCGGAUUAA